AUGCAGGCAUUAUGGCCAUAUCACACGUAUCGACCAGUCACAUGGGAUCGGUACUACGUUAAUGAACACCAUGACAAACAAGUGCCAGUGAAUAGUGGUAUAGCAGCCGGUGUAACGAUCGGCAUAUUUCUUCUUGUGUUUGUAUUCACAUUUGGUUGUCGAAUAUACAGUCAAUACGCCGACAGGACACGAUCACAGAAUCCACGAAGUCAAGAAUCGGUUCUAAGCGAAUCGUUGGCUGAAGAUAUGUGGAUUUGUGGCGUACCACAAGGUCCUCCACCGCCAUAUGAAAUUGCAAUUAAGAUGUCGGCAUGUCACUUAAAGUCACAUUUCUAG